CGUCCUUGGAGAAUGUUCCUAUGAAUCAGCAGAUUUGAUAUCUCGCUGCUGUAGGAACUUUAACCCUUACCAGUCGACUUCGAAAUUCUGACGAGGGACGGACGCAAUCCACCGAACAGACAUGCCUACCUACAAGUUUAAAUCUUUCAACGCCCGAGGGUUCGGCGAGGUGUCUCGCAUUCUGUUUGCCCUAGCUGGACAAGAGUACACGGACGAGCGGUUCACACAGGAAACAUGGCCAGCCGAGAAACCGAACGUUCUGCUCGGACAGAUGCCUGUUCUGGAAGUGGACGGGGCGGCAUACGGACAGAGCAGCGCCAUUGCCAGAUUCCUCGCAAGAAGAUUCAAUUUCUAUGGUUCGGGAGACAUCCAAGCCCUUGAAGUGGACCAGGUCCUGGGUGUAGUCCAGGACAUUAUAAAUGCCAUGAUCAAAGCCUUUUUUGAGAAGGAUGAAGCAAGGAAGGCGCAGUUCAAGACGGAGAACAAAGAAGAAAAGCUGCCGCUGUAUUUGGGGAUGCUGGAAAAGCUUCUGGUGAAAAACGGCAGUACAGGAUUCUUCGUCGGCAAAUCGAUUACCCUUGCUGACGUCACUGUGUUUGACAUCUGCGACAAGAUCCAAGCAAUGGUGGACUUUGACAAGUUCCCGCAGGUCAAGAAAUGCCGGGAAAGUGUAGCUUCUAACCCAAAAGUCAAGAAAUGGGUUGACACGAGGCCCGUCACAGAAAACUAGUUCAGUGACAUCAUAAAGAAACGUUUUACACAAAUCGUUGAAUGAUUCCUACAUCUAACCUGGACGUCACCGUAUUGAUCCUGUCAUUGCAAACAAUUCACGUCCGUUUGUGAAAAGUACCCACUGUACUGCAAUUAGGUAUGGAAAAGGUUGCUUUCAAGCUUUUGUGUCCCUGACAUAUAUAUAGUGCUGUGUGUUCUUAAGAGAAAGAGGGGCGGUGGGGCGGUGGGGUGGUGGGGUGGUGGGGUGGUGGGGUGGCCUAGUGGUUAAAGCGUUGGCUCCUCACGCCGAAGACCCGGGUUCGAAUCCCCACAUGGGUACAUUGUGUGAAGCCCAUUUCUGGUGUCCCCCGCCGUGAUGUUGCUGGAAUAUUGCUAAGAGCGGCGUAAAACCAAACUCAGUCAGUCAGUCAGUUAAGAGAAAGAUGAGUCAAUAUUUUCAUGAUUUUGUGUUCCUCAUGAGCUAGUAUUAUUGUCGCUUCGCUACAUGUGCUUAUGAAGAAGAUGUUUUCAAUAUUUACAAAUAAAGAUUUUUCAAAAUUGUUAA